UGCGAAGAGUUAGUGACUAAUAUACACUUUGUAAACAAACAAAAUAAUUAAUAAAGCGAAGUAAAUCUUUGUGAAACUACUAAAUAAUCUUUGACUAAAAAUCUCUGAAAAAAAAAGCAUCUCAAAUCAAAGCAUCCCGACCAGACAAAACAAUGAAUCUUUCGUCGUGGUUUCGCCGCAGUGUUUCAAGGAACAGUAAAAACCACAAAAACCCACCAGGUCAACCUCAACCCCACCACCAAGAACAAGAAGAAUUUCUUGGAAUUACCCAACAAUUAAUCGAUCAUGUCAAGUCUUUUACUUUAGAAACCUUCAAGAAUUUCCCUAUCCAAGAUGAUGGUGACAUUGAAGCCCAAACUUCUUAUAAUGUGCGUAAAGAUCUUUCUGAUUGGCAAGAGCGUCAUGCUGUCUUAGUGCUUUCUAAAGUGAAGGAACUUUCACAGCUUAGAUUCAAGCUAUGCCCUCGUCAUUUGAAGGAGGAAAAAUUUUGGAGGAUAUAUUUCAUGCUUGUCAAUAGCUACGUGGCUGAAUAUGAGCUGCAUGCUAUACAGCGUGCUAAACUGCAAAGCAUUGCUAUGAAGGAUGAGAAAACAUCAGAUACCUGUGCGUAUGAAGUUGAAAUGGCCGAAAGAAAUCAAGCAGAUAGUGUUGCACCAUCAACUCCAUGACCCCAAUUAACAACAAAAACUGCAUUGCUAAGUAUGUUGUUCAUUUCCAGUGGUAAAAUUGACCAUGUAAGUACAUUAAUGUAGGUCAGGAAGUGUACAACAACUAAAUUUGCAUGUUGAAGAAAUCCGAUGAUUCGCUCUCUACAUAAAGAUGGGUGCAAGACCCCUUUUUCUUUAGAUGCAUUUGAAUUUUAAAUCAAAACAGUUGCAGCAUUUGUGUUGGCACACUAUUAUAUGCAGCAUUUGUUGGUUUUGCCUUUCCCAGACAACAA